GAUACAGAAAAUAAAACCAUUUUCAACAUAGUUGGAGUCGCUCUGAGCACAUUCUCGAAGCACUUCGGAAAUUUGUCCUUGUAUCAGAAGCAAGCCGGCGUUACCCUCCACCGAACCGGCCGUAAAACGCCGUCGGAGUUUUUCGUCGGACGCUAGAAACGGGAACAUCUGGUGAUAAUAAAGAUGUUGACACCAAUGCAAAAUAUUGUUGGCAUUUCACCUCUGUUAAUACCACCACCAGUUAGUAGUACAAGGCAGACUCAAGCACAUCUUAAGUAUUCCAGACCGGACAUUGUUGCGAUGAGACGCUUACCAUAUAACAUAAAAAUAGGGCAGCUUCAGACUUCAGCUUUUCAAAGUAUAUCACCUCGAUUAAAAUGCGAUUCUGCUAGGAAUGUUGCAUGUGCUGCUGCUGCUGCUGCUGCUGCAACCCAAACUGUAACCCGCGAUGCUCGCACAAUUACUGUUACUCCUGACAAAAAGAUUAGACUUGAUGACAAUGGGCCUGGAUUGCCACCUCGCGACGAUGAUGGAAACGGUGGUAAUGGAGGAGGUGGUGGUGGUAAUUUUUCUGGUGGACUAGUGCUUUUGGGUAUUCUUGGUGUCCUAGACAUUCUUAAAGACAUUGAGGGUGAAAUUCAACGCAAAGUCAAAGAUACCAGAUUUGAUCAAGCUUGAUAAUGGCAGUGAAAUUACUUGAUAGCAUAUAUACAUUUUACCAAAAAAAUGGACAGUUAAACUUAGUUAUCGAUUCAGCUUAUGACAAAAGGUGUGAUGUAUGGUUUUAAAUAAUGAGAUGUGUAAAAAAACAAAUGCCUGUUCGUUAUCCUAAAUAUUAUUAACUUACAAUCAUGGAAUUCGAUCAUCAUAUUAUAAAUGAGUUCAUAAUCUUAGCCCACUCCAGUCCCAUUUUGGGUGGAGCAAAUCUACUCAUACCUAUAGUGAAAUUUUGUAUUUGUUGUAUUGGGGUCGGAACCUCAUAAAAUUGUAACACAGGCAUCUGAUAUUGGAUAAGCACAUCAUACAAGCGUUCAGUUUUC